CAUCCUUAUAGCUACUGUCAAAAUAGUAACUGUCAAAGGAAAAAACGAGCGAAAACGCAAAAGUUCCACGGCUUGCAAUGCAAUUUAAUUUGUUUAAAUAUCAAGUUUGAGUGCAUUACUUUUAAUAAGGAUUGUGUAUUUUACUAAUAUUUUGAGUAAUAGGACAUAUAAAAUUGUGUAUGAGUGCUGGAAACUACUGUUAAAUGUUUGUUAUUGGUACGCGUCAUGCCCCCGCGUAUUAGAACGCGAGCUUCCAAAGCUCUAAAAGAAAACAUUGACAUCACGGAAAACAAAUUGAAGCCUGCAAAAACUAACACAAAAGCUCCACGAAAACCUUUGGCAGACAAAACUAAUUCCGCGUCAGAUGAUCCGUCGUUAGAAAUCCCGACAAAGGUUAAGAAGACAAGUUCAAACAAGAAUGGAGAAAAGAAAGCGGCCGAAACGAAGAAGAAACAAACUGUUAAACAUAAAGAUAACGUUAAACCUAAUGAAAACGUGAAACCUGCCAAUGAAGGACGGCCACGAAGGGAGAGAAAAUUGCCGAAUCGGUUUGUAGAGAAUGUUAUUUUGAAUAAUUUAUCUAACAGCAAGGAAAGUCCAAAUGUGACCGUUAACAGUUCAACAACUACACUAACCACUGAGAAAACCCCAGUGAAGAAAACAAGUGUAUCUAAAAAUGAUAUUACAGAACCCUCUCCGUUCAGGACACCAUCAAAAGUUGAUAGUAGCUUACUUGCUAGCCGUCCUACUAGGAUAUGUCGCUUACCAUCACGUUUGGAAGACCAUUCCAUUAGUCCUCACAAGUACAUACCAAUACUACCUGCACAUGCCAGCACACCCAUACAGCCAAGUAAAGCAAGACCUGUUGUACUUAUAAACAAGAAUGAAAUAACAUGUCAUAAUGUAGGUAAGAAUAUAGAAACAAAAGCAACAAAAACUAGGCCAACCAGAUUAGCCAAAUUAAAUGCACAAAAGAAAUCUAGUGACAAAACACCUGAGAAAAGUAGCCCAGAUAGUAACAACAAUGCUAAAGGCAGAACUAGGAAGAAAGCAACGAAAAUUCAGCCCCAAGCUACUAAGAAUUCUCCAGAUAAGAAAAAACAAUUGCCAAUUCGCAAAUUCCUUACACCCAUGGCAAAAUUCCAAUCAUCAUUAAACAAAACACAAUCACCAGCCAAGAAAAGUAGUCCAAAACAAUCUACCAACAAGAAGACAGACAAAAAUCUAUCAUUCAAACUACUUGGAAGUAAGAAAAAGUCACAAGACACUGAGAAUAAGGACCAGGAUGUCUAUGAGUUCACUUUUGAUCCAAAUGAAGAACCAAAGCCUGAAAAGAAGAAACGUAAAAGAACUGUUACAAAGAAAUCUGCACCUACACCUAACCCUAGGAAAGUUGUUUGCAAAAGCACUUAUGAUAAAAAUAUAAAAAAAGCAUUAGCAGCACUGAAGAAUGCUAUUCAGCCUGCCAAAACUACAGAAGCACCGAAGCUACCACAAAUUACAGAGAAUACUGAACAAGCAGAUAAUGUACAACAAAAUAACGCAACAAACAACUUCAAUGUUGUACAAACAAAUAAUAUUACAAACACCAAUAACAUGGCUUUAAAUGAUACUGGCAAAACUUCUGUACAUGAAUGUAAUUAUCCAUCAAUAAGAGUAGAAGAUAUUGCAGCAGAUAUUGAACCGAGUAUUGAUCACCAUGCAGAUUUAAAUUAUUCCCCUGUUAACUCACCAAGGUCUAUUGGCUUUAAGACUCCAAACACACAUCAAUCCUUGAAUCACAGAGAAACUCCAGAAAGAUCUGUACAGAAUAAAGAUCCUCUCAAUUUGGCUGAAGAGCUCAGUUUCUUUGAUGACCAGCCUGUUGCCAGCAGUAGUAUGAAUAUGUCUGUAAGACAUCCAUUGGCUAGCCCAUGGAGAGUAGAAUUCGGUAAUCUACCUAUUAAGUGGCCUAGUAAUGCCUAUGUCAAACCAAAUAUGACACCAGCUGUUGAAACUUCCUUCAUCAACCCUGAAGACUCAAUUAAUAAGAAGAAGCAUGUAUACACAAACAUGGUGCCUCAGACAAAUGAAAUGUUCACAGACAUAGCUGAUACUACACCUAAUCUAAAACAGACUAGUAUAAUUUCAUUUAUAAAAGAAAUGGCAGAAAAGAGUGCUAAAAAGAAACGAGGGAGAUCUGUUUCACCAGCUAAGGCUAUUUAUCAGGAGAUUGAUGACAAUAAUGCUGAAACUAAUAAGAAUAAGAAAUCUGGGAAGAAGGGAGUUGGUAAUAAAACACCUAACCCUGCAAUUGAUACAUCUGAUGAGGUUUCAAGUAGUGGUAAUGACACUUCUCAUGAUAAAGAAAAUUCUAAGGAAGAAAGAAAAACUAGAAAACGUAAGAAUAAUGAAAACAUUUGUGACUUACCUGCAAAAUCUCCUCGGAAGCAAAAGGAUAAAGAUGGCACAUUCUUUGGUUUUGAUGAAAGUGAAGUUCAGGAUGAGAAUGUUUCUCCGAUUAAAAUAAAUAAUAAUCCUAGGAGCAGAUCAUUGAGGCCUAGAUCGAAAGCUGUGCUUCAAGAAAUCAAUGGUCCAACAAGGGCUGUGUUGCCAGUUGCUGCUAAGACAAAGAUAGCGACAAGUUCUGAGGCUGUAAAUAAAGUGUAUGAAGAGUUGAAGUCAGCUGCAGAUGCACCAGUCUUCCUAGAGAGGAAUGUCAAUGAAAAUGAAACAAAUGUUGCAGAUCCUACAAUUAAUGAGGAUUCACAGUCUGUCCAUUUGUUUGAAGAUAUUGAAGUGGUACAUCAUUUGAAGCCUACACGCAAGAGCUACGGGAAAGCCAAGAAAGUGACAUUCCGCCAGUGCUCCAACAGCACUUCUGACAGUGACAUCCAAGUUCCUGCAGAGGAUCCCAAUGAAUCAACCGACUAUGAUGAUUUGGGUGACCUGACCUUCGACGUUUGUAAUGUAACGGAAAAGAAAGUCGCUAAGAAGAGGAAGCCUAAGAAGCUAAUGUCUAAAAAGGAGGAAAAAGAAGCUGAAGCUUGGGCAGCGAACUUCAACUCAAUGUGUGAGGAUAUAGAAGAGUUCCCCUUACUUGUUGAGUAAAAUCAUAAUUUUACAAAUCAUGACAAUUUAAAUCUCAAAAUUUUCAUCUCAGUAAUUAUGUAAAUUAUUUGUAAGUUUAAAAUACUCAUUAUAUGAGAACAUACAACAACCCAUACAACAUGUUAAAUAAUGUGUCAUUCCAGUAAAAAAAAAAAUGCAAAUUAAUAGUACCUACAAUAUAAUUUAGGAUUCUUCAUGUUUCUUUUGUAAAUAGUCUGAAUAUAACUUAUAUCAACCAUCAGAGUAAAUUCUGGAUAAUUAUGAUGUGAGUGUACCUCAAAACAGUACAAUUUUUUUUUUAAUCAAGAGUUUUUAUCGUGGCCAUGUUUUUUUGCCAUUUAAGUUUAAUUUCAUGACAUUUUAAGCAUAGACUAUAAGUUUGAUUAGAAUAAUGAUUUAAUUUAUACCUAUCAUUGAUUUUAAUUUAGGGAAACAGCUUAAAGUAGAUAGUUACUUAAGCUGAGUUCUUUUAAUUUUAUAAAAAUCAUAAUUGCAAUUUUAAUUAUGAAGAGUUAUUAUUUUUAAGUUAAGAAUGGGACCAUAAUUAGGAAGUAACUAAUGAUUUUAAAUGUAGCGAGAUUAUUUUACCUCAAUUUAAGAAAAAAAAAUCUCAAUUAAUGUAUAGUUUUUAAUUUUAGAUUUAUGUGAGGGCCAUUUAUUUGUGUUAUUUUAUUUUUAUGUGAAAAUAGUUUAAAUUAUGUUUUGUACCCACCUUCUCUUAGUUUUCCAUUUCUGUUGUUCAGAUAUUUUAGUUUUAUUUCAAUUGGCUUAAUGCUGGCUGUUUUGCGUCUCGUCUACCCAUGUUUCCCCUAUGGACACAACUUAAGUUUAAUUAAAAAACAUUUCUAACA